GACAAUUGGCCCGGCACACGAACAUGGCCAUGGCUGUGGCUAUGACAGUUGCACUGCCGUGUGGACUGGACAACAUUACUUUGUGUUGCCUGGGCAACCGGCCAUCGCAUACAAAUUGAGCAGCGCAGCUAAUUACACACUAAACGGACGGUGGUCAGUGCUGAUGGAAGUGUUGCCCGCAAAUGCUGCACAAAAAACAAAAAAUCGAUAAAGCAGUAGCCAUGCACGUCCAACAAAUUCCACUUGAGUGUCGCUGAGGAAAUCAGAGAAUCAAAAGUCUGACAACUACACUCAUUAAUGCAACAAAGUGGCGUCCUGUUUCCACUCUUGCAUGGGACUGGUGCGCACUGCAGUUGGCGCUGCAGGGGACAGACAGAUGCCGGAGGAGACCAUAGCCUCGGUGAAUCAUUGUCCGACUUAUCGACAGAUUGCUGGUGGUGCUACAACUGGUGCCGGUUCGGCGCCGGCGAAACGUGUGCCCAUACUGUUCUCCACCAAUCGCGGACUUUACUUGCGUCUCUCGCAACCUGUUGUGGAUCAGAUGGAGGUGCUGACACUGCAGCCACGUGGCCAAAACUACAACAUCAGUUUCUGUGAUCUGGAACGUUGGAGCACCAAUCGAGCGAAUGUUGUGAGUCUGGAGGAUACGUUCAACCUCAUUCAUCAGAAUAUGUCACCGGAGGUGCAUUUGUAUCAGCCGCGACUAUGGCACAAUCACGUCAGCUACAGCUUGAUGCAUUGAAUGAGCCCUUGAAAUGGUACAUCCUCUCUGGAAUACUUGAAUCAAAUGUAUAUCAAUUAACGUGUAACCUUAAUUAUAAUUCUUUUAAUUUAAAUAUUCCUUAAAUCGA